UUCCGGCUGGAUCCCUGGGCUACCGGCUGGUCUGAGGGGGGGCUGGGCGGGGCUUCUCUUCUGGGCGAGUUGGCACCAGCAGCAACAUCGCACAGGUGUGGGUCAGUCCAGCUCUGAGGCAAUCACAUAGCACUGGCUUCCUGUGCAGUGGAGGAGGAGAAUGAACACCAAGAUGUGGGGAACCAGAACUGCAUCAGGGAAGUGGCAGAUGUCCCACUCUGGAUCCAAACCAAGAGCUGCUGCUGGGAUGCCCAGAGGGAACCACCAGCUGCAGAGGAAGACUGGCCAGCAGGUGAGGGGCCCUGAGACCUCUGAGCGCCCAGAAGCUCCUGCAGGGCCAAGCGUAGAGGACCAAGCAGCCACUCUCAUCCAGUGUGCCUUUCAGCGGUACCUGGCAAGGAAGGAGCUGGCUCGCCGUCGGCUGGAGCGCCAGGAUUACCUGGAGCAGAUGAAGAAACUGCAGAGGGAGGUGGCCUCCCUGGAUGCAGUGGCCACUGUGCUGCAGACCUGGGACGUCCGCCUCACUGAAGCCAUGCUGCAGAACAUGGAGGCUGAGUGGCAGUGCCGGGCCCAGGAAGCCCAGCAACAGCAGGCUGCAGAGGCUAAGCGCUUGGCCCUCAAAGUGCAGCAGAUGGCCAGGGAGCAGCAGCAAUGUCAUAAGGCACUACAGCAGGCCUACUGUGAACUCCAUCGGAGGAUCUCAGAGCAUGACAGGUGCCGGCAGAAGUGCCCAGGCAAGGCUGAGCUCACACUGCAGGCUGUCAAGGAUACAGAAGCCCAUGUGGCCAUGUUGCGGCAGGAGGCACAGAAGACUGAGGAGAUGCUGGCCCUGGCCCGGCUGGAGCUUCGGGAGCACAGCGAGGAAGAGGAGGAGGCUCCAGGGCUGAAGUGCCAGGUCACUGAACUCCAUGACGUGCUGAUGAAGGAUGUGGGCAACCGCAUUAAUGCUGAUGGCAGGUGGCCUCUUAUCAUAGACUCUUCAGGCCAAGCAGCCACCUUCCUAUGCUACCAGGACACCAACUACAUGGAUACCAUGAACCCAGAGCACAUGAGGCCUGAGAGUAUCCGGAUAGCGCUGCUGGGGGCACUGAGCGGCAGCUAGAAGCUGUGCAGCUGGGCCUGGCGCAGGCACUGCUGAGCCGUGGGUUGCUAGCGCAAGAACGGUACCUGUCACUACUGCGG